AUGCUCAUUUAUCUUGGCGAUUCGGCUAUUACUGAGCAUGCUAAGAGCAAGCUGCUCGCGGCGUCGCAAGGUAGCAUUCUUGACUUGGAAGCAACUCACUUUUACAUGUUGCACGUCAAGGACAGUAACAAUGUCUCGUUUGACGCUUUGAAAACUUUCUUACCUGGUCUUCGCGUAAUUCCUGAGGGAUUUGUCACAAGUGAGACCGUGUUCGUCUUCCCUCGUCCUGGAACCAUUUCUCCUUGGUCUUCUAAGGCCACAAACAUUGCCAAUGUCUGUGGUUUCAAGGACGUUUUGCGUAUUGAACGCGGUGUUGUCUACAAAUUGAAAAUUAAGGCUGGUCUGGACGCUGCUGCCAUUGACAGGGAUGUCUAUGCUCAUCUGUAUGACCGUAUGACUCACUCUCUUCGUGCCACUUUGCCUGAGGAAACUGAAGUUUUCGAUGAGCACGAGCCUUCUCCUUUGGUUACGGUUGACCUUCGUGGUGGUUCUGCCUCCGCCAGUCGUGAGACAGCUGUCAAGGUGCUGAAUGAGGCAAACGUGAAGUUUGGCUUGGCUCUUGCUACUGACGAAAUUAAUUAUCUCGCCGACAGCUUCUUGAACGAACCUGCUUUGAAGGGACGCGAGCCCACCGACGUGGAGCUUUUCAUGUUCGGCCAGGUUAACUCAGAGCAUUGCCGUCACAAAAUUUUCAAUGCUGAUUGGACCAUCGAUGGCAAGAAGAUGGAGAAUUCAUUGUUUGGAAUGAUUCGUAACACCCACAAGCAGCAUCCCGAACAUACCAUUUCGGCAUAUUCGGAUAACGCUGCUGUGUUCGAGGGUAGCGAGGGAUCUCUCUUCGUCCCCGAAAAUGGUGUUUGGACUACUAAAAAGGAAAUCGUUGAUUUCUUGGGCAAGGUCGAAACUCACAACCAUCCUACUGCUGUUUCACCAUUCCCAGGAGCUGCCACCGGUUCAGGUGGUGAGAUUCGUGAUGAGGGUGCAGUUGGUCAAGGCUCUAAGCCUAAAGCCGGUAUGGCCGGUUACAGUGUGUCUGACUUGUUGAUUCCAGGUUAUCAACAACCCUGGGAAAUGAACGUUGGAAAGCCUAAUCACAUUGCAUCUUCCCUUGAUAUCAUGCUUCAGGCUCCUAUCGGUAGUAGCUCUUUCAACAAUGAGUUCGGACGUCCAUGUAUCAAUGGUUACUUCCGUACUUUGACUUUAGAAAUUCCUUCGGCCAACGGAAAAUCCGAAAUUCGUGGUUACCACAAACCCAUUAUGGCCGCCGGUGGUGUCGGUACCAUUCGUAAGCAAUAUGCUUUUAAGCGCAGCAUUGCCCCCGGUAGUGCUCUUAUCGUUCUUGGUGGUCCUGCAUUGCUCGUCGGUCUCGGUGGUGGUGCUGCUUCCAGUAUGGCCUCUGGUGAGGGUUCUGUGGAGCUUGACUUUGCUUCUGUUCAACGUGGAAACCCUGAGAUGCAGCGUCGUGCUCAAAUGGUUAUCGAUGCUUGCACAGCCAUGGAUGACACGAUUAUUCAAUCGAUUCACGAUGUUGGUGCCGGUGGAUUGUCGAAUGCUUUGCCUGAACUCGUCCAUGAUGCUGGUCUUGGUGCUCACUUUGAGCUUCGUGAUAUCCCUUGUAUUGAGCCCAGCAUGUCCCCCAUGCAAAUUUGGUGCUGUGAGGCACAGGAGCGCUAUGUUCUUGCCAUCAAGCCUGAACAUGUUGAGCAAUUUGCCGAGAUUGCCAACCGUGAAAGAUGCCCAUUUGGCGUCGUGGGUUACGCUACUGAGGAGCAGCGUUUGCUUUUGACUGAUCGUCACUUCAACACCUCACCUAUCGAUCUUCCUAUGGAUGUUCUGUUUGGCAAACCACCUAAGAUGUCUCGUGUUGCUGAGACUGUCAAGGUCCCUUUCGUUCCCUUUGAUGCUACCCUUGCCUCUUACCUGCCUAAUGCAUCUGAAUCUGUGCGUGUGAACAAUGCCGUAGAACGGGUGUUGCAUGUUCCCGCUGUUGCUUCGAAGUCUUUCCUGAUUACCAUUGGUGAUCGUUCCGUUACUGGCUUGAUUGCCCGUGACCAAAUGGUUGGACCUUGGCAAGUUCCUGUUUCUGAUGUUGCCGUCACCGUUACUUCGUUUGGUGAGGGUUUGAAGACUGGUGAAGCAAUGGCUGUUGGUGAAAAGCCUAUUACUGCUCUUAUUUCUGCGGCCGCAUCUGCUCGUAUGGCUGUUGCUGAGUCGCUUAUGAACAUGUCCGCUGCCCACAUCAAGGCUUUAGAAAAUGUGAAGUUGAGUGCUAACUGGAUGGCCGAUCCUAAUUAUGUUGGUGAAUCUUCCAAGUUGUAUGAGGCUGUUCAGGCAAUUGGCUUAGACCUUUGCCCUAAGUUGGGAAUUAGCAUUCCUGUUGGUAAGGAUUCAAUGUCUAUGAGAAUGACGUGGAAGGAGAAUGGUGAAUCCCGUACAGUAACGGCACCUCUCUCCCUCAUUAUCACCGGCUUUGCCCCUGUCUCUGAUGUGAGCAAAACAUGGACUCCUCAACUUCGCAGAGUGUCUGAUGUUGGUCCCAGUAAGCUUGUGCUUGUCGAUUUGGCUAAUGGCAAACAACGCUUGGGUGGUUCCAUUCUCGCUCAAGCAUAUAAGCAACUUGGUAAUGAUGCUCCCGAUCUGGAGAAUGCUGAGUUGUUUAAGAAUUUCUGCAAUGCCUUGAUUGAUCUUCAUGACGAAGACCUUGUUCUGGCUUACCACGACAGAUCUGAUGGUGGUCUCUUUGUUACAUUGUCGGAGAUGGCCUUUGCUGGCCGUGCCGGUUUCAACUGCGUCUUGGAUGCCCUUCCUGCUGACAACAUUUCCACAUUAUUUAACGAGGAGUUGGGUGCCGUUUUCCAAGUGUCUGCUGAUAAGUAUGAUGCUUUCGUUGACUUUAUGUCUAAGCACGGUGUUUCUGGCUGCAUCUAUCCCAUUGGUGAUGUUUCUUCGAAUCAGACUAUUGUUUUCGCCCGUGACGGUAAGCCCGUCUUCGAGUCUACCAGAGCCGAGCUUCAAUCAGCUUGGGCCGAGACUUCUUAUCAGUUGCAAUCCCUCCGUGACAAUCCUGAAUGUGCUCGUCAAGAAUUUGAAAACAUUAAGGAUGACGCUGAUCCCGGUAUUGUUUUUGACCUCUCUUUCAAUGUUGGUCAGUCUCCCCUCACUGAGAAACUUCUUUCCUCUAAACCUCGCGUUGCCAUUCUCCGUGAACAAGGUGUCAAUGGACACAUGGAAAUGGCUUAUGCUUUCCAUGCUUCCGGUUUCGAAGCUAUUGAUGUUCACAUGAGCGAUAUUAUUUCUGGAAAGAUUGGCCUUGACAGCUUCGUUGGUAUUGCUGCUUGCGGUGGUUUCUCCUACGGUGAUGUUCUUGGUGCUGGAAACGGUUGGGCCACUUCUGUUUUGUUGCAUGAAAGCACUCGCAAGCAGUUCUAUAACUUCUUCAGCGAAAGAAAAGAUACCUUUGCUCUUGGCGUUUGUAAUGGUUGUCAAUUCCUUACUCGUAUUAAGGAACUUAUUCCCGGUGUUAGCAGCUGGCCUCGCUUUGUCACUAACGAAUCCGCUCAAUAUGAGGGACGUUUUGUCACCAUUAAGGUUGACGAUGACGAGGCUAAUCCCUCUGUCUUCUUGAAGGGAAUGAACGGUAGCCGCAUGCCCAUUGUCGUUGCUCAUGGUGAAGGUCGGGCUGAGUUUGACAGUGCAGAACAACUUCGCGAUCUUCAAAGCAAGAAAUUGGAUGUUCUUUACUACGUUGAUAACAAUGGACAACGCACCAUGCGCUAUCCUUUCAACCCUAAUGGCAGUCCUGCUUCCAUUGCUGGUGUUCGUUCGCCUUGUGGCCGUUUCCUUGCAAUGAUGCCCCAUCCUGAGCGUGUCAUUCUGCGUGAGUCUAACAGCUAUUUCCCCAAAAACCAAGCCAAGGAAUGGGGUGUAUACGGUCCUUGGAUUCGCCUUUUCCAAACUGUUCGUACCUUUUCUGCUUAA